CCGUUAUGUCAAUUUGCCUUUAUACAUCUCAUUGACCUACUGUCAACUCCCUCAGUUGUAAACAUCUACAAUAAUCAUUAGACGUACGCGUCAGAGUUAUCAUACCCCGUGUCGGGUUGGUACAGAGUUGGUUAAAUCCGCUCUUUUGCUCCCCACUUACAUGGGUAAUAAUCUCCAAGCUGCUCUAAGCUGUGAUGUUUUUGGUGUCUCUAGGUUCAUCUCUAGACUGUUGAAUGAGGCCUGUUUCAACUUUCUGACAAAACCUUUAAAGAUAAAGGGUCCGGUUAGCCCUGACCAUUAUCCGUUUCCAAUUCACCAACGCAAAGACGCUUGCCCGAUCCAUCAAAACUCCGGUCAGUGCUCUAAAAUGAGUCUCUCUGGGGAGAGAGAGGAGGAGGGACCUGCCUCUAAAAUGAGUCACUCUGGGAAGAGAGAGGAGGGACCUGCCUCUAAAAGGCGUCUCUCUGGGAAGAGAGAGGAGGGACCUGCCCCUAAAAGGCGUCUCUCUGGGGAGAGAGAGGAGGAGGGACCUGCCUCUAAAAGGCGUCUCUCUGGGAAGAGAGAGGAGGGGGACACUGCCUCUAAAAUUAGUCUCUCUGGGGAACAUGACAGCAAAACUAAGAGACCAAUCCAGCAGGAGAGACCAGCCUCCCCUGUUCCCAGCUGUGUGUCCAUGAAGAGUGACGGGUCUAUGGAUCAUCCUAUAGAGUUUAGAGAGGGAGACUUUUCUACUGAACAAAGAAACCAACAGGAGAGAUCAGAGUCAGAGAUUCUCAGUGGUCAGUCUUCCCAGAGUCAUCAAACAGACCUGGCCUCCAUAUUCAGUUUGCUUGAAGAGAAAAUUAUGACAUUUAUGAGGAACGAGCUGAAGAUGUUCAAGAGGAUUCUUAGUCCAGAACUCCCAGAAGGCUUUGAGAGUCAGAAGCAGGAUAAGGAAGUGGUGGACCCUGAAGAUGAGAAGCAGGAGAGCAGUGCCAGAGAGGGGGCUCUGAAGAUCACACUGCACAUCCUGAGGAAAAUGAACCAGAAGGAGCUUGCUGACACACUGGAGAAAUAUUCAGAUGAUCCUGCUGUGAUUUGCCAACGUGAACUCAAAUCUAAUCUAAAGAAGAAAUUUCAAUGUGUAUUUGAGGGGAUCGCUAAACAAGGAAACCCAACACUUCUCAAUAAGAUCUACACAGAGCUCUACAUCACAGAGGGUGGAACAGGAGAGGUCAAUAAUGAACAUGAGCUGAGACAGAUUGAGACAACAACCAGGAAACAAGCAAGACCAGAGACUGCAAUCAAAUGUAACGACAUCUUCAAACCCUUAACUGGACAAGACAAACAUUUCAGAACUGUGCUGACAAAGGGAGUCGCUGGCAUUGGAAAAACAGUCUCUGUGCAGAAGUUCAUUCUGGACUGGGCUGAAGGAAAAGCAAAUCAGGAUGUCCAAUUUGUAUUUUCAUUCCCUUUUCGGGAGCUGAAUUUGAUGAAAGAGGACAAACACACUUUCAUUGAACUUCUUCAACACUUCUCAAUGGAAACCAAACAAUCAGGAAUCUCCAUCAACAACAAGUACAAAGUUCUGUUCAUCUUUGAUGGUCUGGAUGAGUGCCGACUGCCCCUAGACUUCCAGAAAAACAAGAUCUGUUGGGACGUCACAGAGUCAACCUCGGUGGAUGUUCUGCUGACAAAUCUCAUCAAGGGAAAUCUGCUUCCCUCUGCUCUCCUCUGGAUAACUACCCGACCUGCAGCAGCCAAUAAGAUCCCUUCAGGGUGUGUUGACCAGGUGACAGAGGUACGAGGGUUCAAUGACCCAGAGAAGGAGGAGUACUUCAGGAAGAGAUUCAGUGAUGAGGACCUGGCCAGCAGAAUCAUCUCACACAUAAAGACAUCAAGGAGCCUCCACAUCAUGUGCCACAUUCCAGUCUUCUGUUGGAUUUCUGCAACAGUCCUUGAACACAUGCUGGAACAUAAGAGAGACGAGAUGCCCAAGACUCUGACUGAGAUGUACACACACCUUGUGGUGUUUCAUACCAAACAGAAGAAUGAAAAGUAUCUUGGGAAAGAAGAGACAGGUCCACACUGGAAUAAAGAAAACAUUCUGUCACUGGGAAAACUGGCUUUUCAACAGCUUGUGAAGGGCAAUCUGAUUUUCUAUGAAGAAGACCUGAAAGAGUCUGGCAUUGAUGUCAAUGAAGCCUCAGUGUACUCAGGAUUGUGCACACAGCUCUUUAAAGAGGAACGUGGGCUGUACCAGAACAAGGUGUACUGCUUUGUUCAUCUGAGCAUUCAGGAGUUUCUGGCUGCUGUAUAUGUGUUCCUCUCAUUCAUCAACAACAAUGAGAAUCUAAUGGACAAACUGCAAACAAAAGACGAGCCUGAAGUUACUGUCUACAAGAGUGCUGUGGAUAAAGCCUUACAAAGUGAGACGGGAAACCUGGACCUUUUCCUCCGCUUCCUUCUGGGCCUCUCACUGGAGUCCAAUCAGAAGUACUUACGAGGUCUACUGACAAAGACAAGAAGCAGCUCACAGAGCCAUGAAGAAACAGUCAAGUACAUCAAGGAGAAGAUCAGGGAGAAUCCCUCUCCAGAGAGGAGCAUCAAUCUGUUCCACUGUCUGAAUGAACUGGAUGACCAUUCUCUAGUGGAGGAGAUCCAAAGAUACCUGAGAUCAGGAAGUCUCUCAAAACCCAACCUGUCACCUGCACAGUGGUCAGCUCUGGUCUUUGUGUUGCUGACUUCAGAAAAGGAGCUGGAUGUGUUUGACCUGAAGAAAUACUCCAGAUCAGAGGAAGGUCUUCUGAGGCUGCUGCCAGUGGUCAAAGCCUCCAGAGCUGCUCUGCUGUCAGGCUGUGGAGUCACAGAGGAAGGCUGUGCUUCUCUGGUCUCAGCUCUGGAGUCAAACCCCUCACACCUGAGAGAGCUGGACCUGAGUAACAAUGACCUGAAGGAUUCAGGAGUGGAGCUGCUCUCUGCUGGACUGGGGAAUCCCCACUGUAAACUGGAGACUCUGAGGCUGUCACGCUGUCUAGUCACAGAGGAAGGCUGUGCUUCUCUGGUCUCAGCUCUGAGGUCAAACCCCUCACACCUGAGAGAGCUGGACCUGAGCUACAAUCACCCAGGAGACUCAGGAGUCAGACUGCUCUCUGCUGGACUGGAGGAUCCACACUGCAGACUGGAGAAACUCAAUGUGGAACAUGGUGGAGAGUACACAAUGAAACCUGGACUUAGAAAAUAUGUCUGUGAUCUCACACUGGACCUAAACACAGUAGACAGACUCCUCUCUCUGUCUGAGGAGAACAGAAAGUUGACAUGUAGGACAGAGGAGCAGCCGUAUCCUGAUCACCCAGAGAGAUUUGAGGACUGUGGACAGGUGCUGUGUAGAGAGGGUCUGACUGGGCGCUGUUACUGGGAGGUAGAGUGGAGUGGGAGAAGGGCUGAUAUAGGAGUGACAUAUAAAGGAAUCAGCAGGAGAGGAGGGGUUAAGGACUGUUAUCUUGGAUGGAAUGACAAGUCCUGGAGUCUGUUCUGCUCUGACAACAGUUACACUGCCAGGCACAAUAAUAAUCACAUUACCAUAGACGUCCCCCCUUCCAGCUCCCACAGAGUAGGAGUGUAUCUGGACUGGCCAGCCGGCACUCUGUCCUUCUACAGAGUCUCCUCUGACACACUGACCCACCUGAACACAUUCACCUCCACAUUCACUGAGCCCCUCUAUCCAGGGAUUCAUUUUUGGUAUGAUGGCGACUCAGUGUCUCUGUGUCAAACACAACAUGAUGUUUCACUCUAAUCAUGGUUCAGUUAUACACACUGGAGCAUCAAUGUAGAAUAUCUCUCUGUGUGUAAACAUCUCUAUCCAGGGUGACUCCUCUUCAGUGUCUCUGUGUCAAACACAACAUGAUGUUUCACUCUAUUCUUAUGUGUUUAUUUAACCUUUAUUUAACCUAUAUUUAACUAGACAAGUCAGUUCUUAUUUUACAAUGACUUCCUACCCCGGCCAAACCCUCCUCUAACCCAGACGAUGCUGGGCCAAUUGUGUUGCCUUUCCCGAUCGUUAUUGUAUCUGUUGAGAUACAGUCUGGGACUGAACCAGGGUCUGGAGUGACACCUCUAGCUCUGAGAUGCUGUGCCUUAGACCGCUGUGAUACAGCCUGGGACUGAACCAGGGUCUGGAGUGACACCUCUAGCUCUGAGAUGCUGUGCCUUAGACCGCUGUGAUACAGCCUGGGACUGAACCAGGGUCUGGAGUGACACCUCUAGCUCUGAGAUGCUGUGCCUUAGACCGCUGUGAUACAGCCUGGGACUGAACCAGGGUCUGUAGUGACACCUCUAGCUCUGAGAUGCUGUGCCUUAGACCGCUGUGAUACAGCCUGGGACUGAACCAGGGUCUGGAGUGACACCUCUAGCUCUGAGAUGCUGUGCCUUAGACCGCUGUGAUACAGCCUGGGACUGAACCAGGGUCUGUAGUGACACCUCUAGCUCUGAGAUGCUGUGCCUUAGACCGCUGUGAUACAGCCUGGGACUGAACCAGGGUCUGGAGUGACACCUCUAGCUCUGAGAUGCUGUGCCUUAGACCGCUGUGAUACAGCCUGGGACUGAACCAGGGUCUGGAGUGACACCUCUAGCUCUGAGAUGCCUUAGACCGCUGCGCCACUCAGGAGCGUGUUACCUUUGACUUACCAGUCAUUUACUGAUGUAAUGGAACACUGAUGUAAUGGAACACUGAUGUAAUGGAACACUGAUGUAAUGGAACACUGAUGUAAUGGAACACUGAUGUUAUGGAACACUGAUGUAAUGGAACACUGAUGUAAUGGAACACUGAUGUAAUGGAACACUGAUGUAAUGGAACACUGAUGUAAUGGAACACUGAUGUAAUGGAACACUAAGUCAAGAGUUGUUCAUUAGUGGUCUGAAGGGGAUUUGAUGCUACAUCUGUAUGUUAACCCUUUACUGGGAAGUUGUGUCUGAGUUUCAUUAGUGGUCUGAAGGGGAUGAGAUGCCAACAUAUUUAUCUCUCAUACAUCCCACUUAUACUCGGCCCACUUACUCACCCACACACAUAGAGGUUGGAGACUUGGAGCAGUGUCGACCACAGACCCUGGAGCAGUGUCGUGCCCUGCUCAACCACACUGUCAUUGGUGUGUGUGUGGUGCAGGUAAGAAAUCUUUGUACUGGUAAUUAGUAUUCCUCAUCACUGUCUCUAUUCCCCUGUGGCUCAGUUGGUAGAGCAAGGGCUUAGCAACAUCAGGGUUGUGGGUUUGACUCCCACAGGGGACGGGCGGCAGGGUAGCCUAGUGGUUAGAGAGUUGGACUAGUAACCGAAAGGUUGCCAUUGUGUUUUUGUUUUUUCCAUGGUAACAGAAUGUACAGUUGAAAUCUGAAGUUUACAUACACUUAGGUUGGAGUCAUUAAAACUUGUUUUUCAACCACUCCCCAAAUAUCUUGUUACCAAACUAUAGUUUUGGGAAGUCAGUUAGGACAUUUACUUUGUGCAUGAAACAAUUCAUUUUUCCAACAAUUGUUUACAGACAGAUUAUUUCACUUAUAAUUCACUGUAUCACAAUUCCAGUGGGUCAGAAGUUUACAUACACUAAGUUGACUGUGCCUUUAAACAGCUUGGAAAAUUCCAGAAAAUUAUGUCAUGGCUUUAGAAGCUUCUGAUAUGCUAGAUGACAUCAUUUGAGUCAAUUGGAGGUGUACCUGUGGAUGUAUUUCAAGGCCUACCUUCAAACUCAGUGCCUCUUUGCUUGACAUCAUGGGAAAAUCAAUAGAAAUCAGCCAACACCUCAGAAAAAAAAUUGGAGACCUCCACAAGUCUGGUUCAUGCUUGGGAGCAAUUUCCAAAUGCCUGAAGGUACCACGUUCAUCUGUUCAAACAAUAGUACGCAAGUACAAACACCAUGGGACCACGCAGCCUUCAUACCGCUCAGGAAGGAGACGUGUUCUGCCUCCUAGAGAUGAACGUACUUUGUUGCGAAAAGUGCAAAUCAAUCCCAGAACAACAGCUAAGGACCUUGUGAAGAUUCUGGAGGAAACCGGUACAAAAGUAUCUAUAUCCACAGUAAAAUGAGUCCUAUAUCGACAUAACCUGAAAGGCCUCUCAGCAAGGAAAAAGCUACUGCUCCAAAACCUCCAUAAAAAAGCCAGACUACGGUUUGCAAUUGCACAUGCGGACAAAGAUCGUACUUUUUGGAGAAAUGUCCUCUGGUGUGAUGAAGCAAAAAUAGAACUGUUUGGCCAUAAUGACCAUCAUUAUGUUUGGAAGAAAAAGGGGGAAGCUUGCAAGCCGAAGAACACCAUACCAACCGUGAAGCACGGGGGUGGCAGCAUCAUGCUGUGGGGGUGCUUUGUUGCAGGAGGGUCUGGUGCACUUUACAAAAUAGAUUGCAUCAGGAGAAAGGACAUUUUGUGGACAUAUUGAAGCAACAUCGUAAGAAUUCAGUCAGGAACUUAAAGCUUGGUCGCAAAUGGGUCUUCCAAAUGGACAAUGACCCCAAGCACACUUCCAAAUUUGAGGGAAAAUGGCUUAAGGACAACAAAGUCAAGGUAUUGGAGUGGCCAUCACAAAGCCCUGACCUCAAUCCUAUAGAAAAUAGUGUGCAGAACUGAAAAAGUGUAUGGAAUGGGCCAAAAUCCACCCAACUUAUUGUGGGAAGCUUGUGGAAGGCUACCUGAAACGCUUGACCCAAGUUAAACAAUGUAAAGGCAAUGCUACCAAAUACUACUUGAGUAUAUGUAAACUUCUGACCCACUGGGAAUGUGAUGAAAGAAAUAAUAGCUGAAUAAAUCAUUCUCUCUACUAUUAUUCUGACAUUUCACAUUCUUACAAUAAAGUGGUGAUCUUAAGUGACCUAAAACAGGGAAUUUGUUACUAGGAUUAAAUGUCAGGAAUUGUAAAAAAAAAA